AGAGAAAACGAACACUGUCAUUGACGUGAGCAAGUCUAUCGGCCAUAGGUGGUACGCAGUAGCUUGUUUUAUAAGUAGUCUUUUAUUGUCAACUCCUAGUCGAUUAUUUAGAAUUGUUAAGUUAAUGUACGUAUAUAACAAUGAAGUACGGAAUUAACACAACGUCUGACGAAACAGUGAUAGACAGCAUUGAAAAGGAACAGUUGACAGAAAGCAAUGGAAGCAGGAUAGCUCCGUUUAUGGCAGCCUCUGCAGGGGAAGCACCCAUGGCCAAUUCUACUAAAGUAACUCCCAAGUGUGAUGUUGAUGCUGUUGUAUUCUCUAUUCAGUUCUAUGGCAAGACACUUGGUGAGGUGGGGCUAAUGGAUCAAGACCUUGCCAAACUGGACUGGAAGAAAUUUAAAUCAUAUCUUUUUCAGAACUUGCUGAGCAUGAAUCAUCAAGAAAAUAUUUGUGUUAGCUACAAUGAUGAUGAAGGUGACAAGCUUCCCAUAGAGUCAGAGGAAGAGUACCGGGAAGCACUAAAGAUUGCAAAGAAGAAAGCUGAAGCACAUGACAAAAUGGUGUUAGAUAUUACUCGCCAGGGUGGACUUCCUACCAUGCUCUCUUUCGUUUCCUCAGGAAUAAAGAGAGUCAGCUCCUCACCCCCAAAAGAAGGAGGAAUAUCAUUUUUCAAAGCUUCUUCACCACCUAAGGAUUCCCAAGGAUUUGUUGCAAAAGCAGUUGGGAGUGAAAGGAAACUGUUCCCGGGAUUCUUCUCACCAGACAGAGGUCCAAUACCAGGUCUUGUGCAGGGUGUGUUGGUUUAUGAUUGUGACGAAGCACUAGUUUGUGAUAAACACCUCGUCACUGCAACCACUCCCACAACAAAAAAUGCUACUCCUGCCACCAUAUUCCUUCCACACACACAGUGCAGGAAGAGGUUACCUGUUCAGGAAUUGCAAAACUCUUCCUCCAAUUUACUUUUCAAGUUUGAUGAAUCCUGCAAUACAAUUAAGACUCAACCUCUAGACACUACCACCAGUGAAGAUGUUUUUGGUGCAGGUGGUGGACAGUUACCUGGUGGUGGGGCUCGGCCGAGAGUGACACAGAAGCAGAGAUGCAUCACAGAACUGCCGCCUGAGUGGUUUACCUCAUAUAUGACCAAGUUCCGUGUGGAACUGCGCGAGGAGCUGAGCCAGCAGGUUGCAAUGAAGGUUACUGAGAUAUUAAAAGAUGUAAAGAAUAUAUCUUCAACUUAUGCUGAUGAACACAGUGCAGAGUCACUAAAUAAUCAGACAUUACAAUUUCACUUUGAUGAUAAUGGAACACAGAUUGCAUCUCAUCAAAUAUUUCCCGUGAAAGAGGCAGUGGAUAAACAAUUGCCUGUUAUAGCAAAUCCAGUAAGGGCAUAUUUGGAUUCAACAUGCUCUAAAAGUAUCCUCAAACCAAAAGAGAAGGAAAAGUUGGAGGACAUACAAAGUAAUAUGAAAGCUUCAGAUGAGACAAGAAUACAGAAAAUGAAGGAAAAGAUUGAAGGAGCUGAUACUGGUGCAAAGCGCAAGAAGCUAGCCAAAGAAGAAGAAAAACUUAUCAAAAAACAAGAGAGACUAGAUGAACGACUGACCAAGAAACAAGAAAAGUUGGAGGAACGACUAACCAAGAAACAAGAGAAGGUUGAGGAGAGAUUCCUCAAAAAACAAGAGAAGUUGGCUGAGAGAAUUUUCAAGCAACAAGAGAAAGUGGAGAGAAAGAAGUUGACAUCAAAGUGAGUGCUACCAAAUUUAAUUACUGUAC